AUGGAAGGAUUUCCAGCAACACCCCUCCCUUCCUCAAGGUCCCCCCUCGGGCGGCGGUUUCCUUCGGAGCCGCCAGCUCGCCGGAGGAGUUUCCCGCCAGGAAAAAGGGUUGUGGUCAGCGCGAGAAGAUCAGAAAUGGAAGGUGGAAGAGACGGGCAUCGCGGGGGAAGUGUGGUGGACCAGAACAUGAUCGUCCUGCGGAUGCGGAUUAAGGAGAUGGAGUGGGCGGAGAGGAGCCAUGCGCCGCCGGGGUGGACGGAGUGGGAGAAGGAAUACUAUGGAUCACAGCGUUACAGUGAAGAUGUUUGUGAAGCCAUGGGGUGGCUGCAAUUGAUGCUGAUGAAUACGAGGCCGUGUUUGGCCAUUGGGAUGGCAGCAAUGGUAGCUUUGAGUGUCCCCAUUUCAGCCUACUGGCUUCUGUUCCACGCCAUGGAGAUGGCUAACGCUCUUGUUCCUGGAUUUCACAUCAAUUAG